CACGCAUUUCUGACUCUCAAUUGGUCCGUUUGCAAACGCACCGCAAACACACAAACCUUCCGUGAAAAUCUAUCUUUCGUCAAAGUUGCUUUUCCUCGCGGUAUUCAAUCAACAGCAACUGUAAGUAACGAUCGACGUGUUUAUUGAUCUUUUGGUCGGUAUUUUUAUUCAUUGAGAUAUAAAGUGGAAUUGAUAUUCAUUAUUAAAGAAUUCUUCUACAGAGGUGCCUCUUGAAUCCGAAAUUAUUAAUCGGGCCGACCGCUGUUGCUCUCAAAUGCAAUAAAUAGAGAGAAUCCAACCCAACUCAAUUCGAUUCAAUUAUUUCGUUUCCGUUUUCAACCUCCAACUUCCGAACGUCAACAAAUAUCAAUUGUCAUCAAUAUCAACAUCCUUUCGAUGAUUUAAUACCUUACCCCUAUAAGAAUUCAAAAGGUUACCGCAAAGUUCAUCUACGGUUGAAGUAAAGUAAGGGGACAAACCACGACACGAGAACAAAGAUGAUGGAUCAUUCCCGACUUGCACAACAAGCAAACAAUUCAACUGCUAGUUCGGAUUCCUCCACUACACCUGGAGAUACACGCACUAGCAACGAUGGUGUUGGCUCUGUGAAUACGAAUGCAUCCUCUGGCCACAGUGACGGAACGGGGGGUAGCAGCAAUUCCAACAAUCGGGUAGCAGUCGAUAAAUCCACCAACUCACUCUUGUUGGACAAUUACGUCGACAACACAUUUGAAAAGGUCGAGCUGGACUUGGACCGCACCCUUACACUUGAUAGCUGGGCGGGAUCUGGACUCGAUGUGGGACCGACACAGAGCGUCUCAAAAAUCGGACUUUCUUCAAAACUGGGUGAUAUAGGGGAUGACUUUGAAGAACCAUGGAAGAAAAUUGCAGAUUCAUAUUUCAAAGAGUCGACAACGAAUAGUUUUGAUGAUCAGGAUGCGCAAACGCAGACGCAGACGCAGACGCAAAGCGCUCUACACAACCAGCAGGCACCGGAACUAAUGGAAGGCACCGGAGAUUCGAACUCUUCCAUGAGUGUGUUGCUCGGUCUUCGUCCUUCUGGAAAAUCUGGAAGCUCAAAGGGGAGUAGCAACAUCUCCGACAAUUCGAUUGAACGAUUGCUUCGCGGCGCUGACGCGCCUUUUGAUAAGUCGAAUUAUUCUUUUGAGAAGGUUUUAGGCGGCUCUGACAACUCGUUAAACUCGUUGGACAAAAUAAUCUCAAUGGAUUUCGACACAACCGACACCGACCGCACCAAUACUCACCUUUCAGAUUACAAUGAUCACGCUUCAAAUGAUAUGGAUUCGGAAAUGCUAACCCUUUUGCCUACCGACGUAGACCAGGUAGUCUCCGCCAAUGACUUCAAGAUAAACAACGGUCGCAAUUUCUCUGCUACCACCAACAACAAAUCGGCCAGCGUCGAUCCGAGUUUGACUUUGAAUCAGCAACAAAACGUCGACAACGCGGGCGACAGCGGCAAGUCCUACAACGACGACGAACUGUUGGCCUCGUUGAGAAACGCGGUCAGCGACAGUGACCACACAACUUCCGUCGAUGGCGCCGCUGCGAAAGAAAACGAGGAUGACAAUCAUUCUUCUACUGUCACUAGCAACUCGGCCAGCAGCACCACCCAUCCGAGUUUGAAGAACAACGACCGCCAACACAAAUUUGACGGCGCUUUUGACAGCGAGAGUAGUCUACCCUCUAUAGAAGUUGGAAACAUCCCCUCGUCAACCUCAGAACAACAAACUGGGCCGAGAUCUAAUUCACCUUCUGUACAUCCAUUUUUGCCUUCUAAUUUAUCCCUUUCCGACCAUGCUCGUCGUGACUCGCAGCGGCGGCGGCAGCAGCAGCAGCAGCAGCGGGAACCAUACCUCAAGGACCAGCAGCAGCAACAACAAGGCAAAAGAAACAAUUCCAAUGCCCACUCUUCGAUAGUAAACAUUGUCAAUAACCAGUUGCCUCAGCU